UCACAUCUCAUCUCAUAUCUCAUUUCAUAUCUCAUAUCUCUCAUACAUCUCAUAUCUCUCAUAUCUCAUCUCAUCUCACCUGCACCUACUGUCCUGUCUCCACUUGGUUUCCAUCGCUCUGUGACUCAUAAUGAAUUAGAAUUGUGUUCAUUCUUCUCAAUCGCGGCUCUGGAGAGGAGCAGCAUCUUUCCCCUUUUCUGCUGCGUUACCAUAUAAACCAGCUCCGUGCUGCUUGGAGACACGUAAACAUUCAGUUAGUCACGCGUCUGUUUGACAGGCUCUGCUGUAAUCAGCUUGAGUUUGGGUGCAUUUGUUGAGCUGCUGCAGGUCCUCGAGGCACAUCGGAGGAUUCCUGAAACAACGGCGGCUGAUUACUCGACUCACGUCAAAGCGUCCUCUAAAAGCAAUCUUGUUUGUGGCUGCUCGGAUACCUCUGUUAGGUAACACGCGGCGCCGAGAGCUGUAUUGGAGGUGACAUCCCAAUAGAGCUAUAAAUAGCGCUGCACUUUUCCUCCGUGAGCCCAGCUGUAGCCUUCUCCCAGGCAUUUGAUCGCCUGUUUGAUAUCAGCCCUUUUGUCUCUUUGACUCCUCAGACCUGUGGCGGCUUCGUUAGCGCGUCUCUCAUCAUCUGCCGGUGAUGGGGAAGCGCCCCUGGGUUUCCCAACACCACAAUGACUCGCAUAAUACACUCGGCUACUACCACUGUGACGGCUGCGGGGUGGAAAAAGGCUCGGUUUCGCUCCCAACUAAGCAAAACUGUGCAUUUCAUUGAAAGGGACGGAUUUCGGCACCGGCCUCAGCACCAGUGUGUGUAAAUAAGAGAUACAUGAAAAGCCUGCAGGCUGCGUCUGACCCUUGUGAGUCACUGGCUGCACCAGCUUCCCCUGAACUGGACUCAGUACAUCAGCACCAAAGGGGCUCCUGUGAAGGCUGCAGUUGUUACUCCAGUUUGCACUGGGCAUCGUUUUACUGCUCUGUGAUUUACGCCAUGAAACGACCCAAAUAGUAAAGUUUGUCACUUCCUAACUGCCCCUUUCUUUAUAGAUGGACACAGUAAAAAAACUGCAAAGAUAUAUUUGUUUUAGAUGAUUCUUUCAAACAGCUAUUAUCAUAUAUGUUUUACAUAAAAAAACAGCUGGAGGUCACACUUUACAAACUACAAGCUACUUGGAAAAAGGAAAGCAAAUUGUAUUAUUAGAUGCAUCUUUGUAACUAUAUAUUUCCCUUUGUCUUUCAGUGGUUUUCAUUGUUCCAUAGGGACCAAUGGUGUAACACUGUUUAGUUUGCUUUAAUUAAAAGCUACAGUUAUGCUGAAGACUUAUCUCAUCAGGUUGGUAAAAUGAAGCAUCUGCUCUUCCUCAUUAACACAGACAUUAUUCCUGAUUUAACAUUUAACAUAGCAGCAUCCUCUGUAUAUUUUUGCAGGCUGGACACAAAUGGUAAUAGUACAAACAUCUACUGCAGCCGUGGGGUCAUAAAUAAUUCAUUUCAGGAAUAGGAUCUAUUUGCCCCCGUGCCUCCCAGGCGCGUGUGCACCUGGUGCCAUUCGGUCACGGCAGACGCGUCUCCAAUCGUCAGGGAGCGCACCCCCGAGUUCCUCUGCGCGCUUUGUCUCCAGAUCCGCUUUUAUUUCGAACCAGGCAGAGGAUACGAAGAAAAACCCCGUGUGAAAUAGCAACGCGGCAGCUGGAUGAGCGGUUUGCGCGCAAGUUUGCGCGUGGGAAUCAAACGGUGCGGCGUACGGGGAACAUCUGUCAUUUAAAGGAAGUCAUGUGAAGCUGUGGGAGCUCGAUGGCGAGGACAAGUUGUUUCCGCGUGUCACUUCACGCCGCUUUCUGCCCCGACCCUCCUCAGUGCGCGUCCUGAGGCGCGUCCGCCCGAUGCGUGGGCCGUUCCUACGAGCCAGGCUGCUGCCGAGCACACGCGCGCAGACACACGCCGCGUUCACUCUCGCCGCACGUGUCGCGCGCGGGGAAUAACCGCGGGGUCGGGGGCGGCAUGGUGGCGGCGGCUGGCUUCAGCACGCUGGACAGCGCACGCGGAAGUUGGAGGAGACGGCGGCGCGCGGACGCACGGGAAUUGAACUGACGGCACUUUAGCGGAGACGGGAAAAGACGCGCGCCAUGGUUGAGUCUAGGUGUUUCUUAUCGGCAGCCGGCGCAGCACCGAGAUCCGCCGACAGGUGCCCGGCGUGUUCACCAUGAACCUGUCCUUCUGCAACAUACUCAUCACCGUUCUGAACAUGCCGGCCACUUUGGUGGGGAUCGUCCGGAACCAGCAGCCCUUCGGGGACCGCGUUUGCCACGCGCUGAGCUUCCUGGAGACCUUCCUGAGCGCCAACACCAUGCUGAGCAUGGCGGCGCUCAGCAUCGACCGCUGGAUCGCGGUGGUGUUCCCGCUCAGCUACUCCACCAAGAUGCGCUACCGCGACGCGCUGCUCAUGGUGCUCUACGCCUGGCUGCACUCCUUCACCUUCUCCCUCGCGGCGCUGCUCUUCUCCUGGGCCGACUACAGCGACGCGUACGCGUCGUGCACCCUGCGGCCGAGCCGCGGCGGCGGCGGCGGCGGCGGCGACGCCGUCGGGUUCGCGGUGUUCACCGUGGUGUUCCACGCCACCAGCUUCGCGCUCUCCCUGCUCAUAUUGUGCUUCACCUACUUGAAGGUGCUGAAAGUGGCCAGGUUUCACUGCAAGAGGAUCGACAUCAUCACCAUGCAGACGCUGUUCCUGCUGGUGGACAUUCACCCGAGCGUGAAACAACGGUGUUUGGCUGAGCAGAAGAGGAGGAAGCAGAGGGCAACGAAGAAGAUCAGCAUCUUCAUCGGCUCCUUUAUCGUCUGCUUUGCGCCAUACGUCGUCACAAGGCUGGCUGAACUCCUGCCGUCCGUGGACAUCAGCCGCCACUGGGGAAUCAUCAGCAAGUGCCUGACGUACAGCAAGGCGGCGUCCGACCCCUUCGCCUACUCCCUCCUGCGUCAGCAGUACAAGAAGGUCCUGGUGACUGUCGUCAACCGGCUGCUCCGCCGCGACCUGUACCCCUCGUCCGGCCACAACAGCUCUCUAGACACAGAAAACGACUACUGCCUCCAGAGGAUCAGCUAACGGGGACCGCGCGGACGUGACAGGAACCCACCACAGGCCAAAAGUAAAGGUUGCCUCUCGGAGGGAGAAGGUGGGCGGAGGACAAGAAUGUGGAGCGAGACACAGAGGACAGGAUAUUGUUAAGAAAGGGAGAGAUAAAGGGGACAGACUGUGGGUGGGUGGGUGGGUGGGGUGGGGGGGGUUUCUGAGCACAAAUACGGACAGCGGUGGGUGGAGAGGACUGAAGAGACAGCGGUGAGGGAGGGGGCGGGACAGCCGUCGACAGGAAGUGGACGUCGGGGUCGAUGUGAGGACGCCGGCUCUGACAGAACACACGAAAAGCAGCGGCGAAGCUUCAAGUUCCACAUUGACUGUGCUGGACUGCUUCACGCCAGCCCACUGGUCCCACUGGUCCCACUGGUCCCACUGGGGCUGUGAAGGGUCCGACGGCUGCUGUGAACUCCUUUAAUACGUCCAGAGGAGCCAAGCUGGAGCUGCACGUCAUCAAUUAGUGCCACGAUUAAGUGACCUUUAGUGGCCGCAGUGAUUGUGUAGAGACAGGAGUCAGGGCAAAGACACGCAUUAUUAAUUCAGUCAAUGCAUUGAAAGUUUGAAUGAAGGUUUAUGGGACGGCUGAGAUCACAGUAGGAGGUUUAUGUUUAAUUACAAGGUUACAGGCGACAGAACAAACUUAACCCUCACGUGUGAGGCAUCGAUGGUCACAUCCUUGAAGGGAAACGCGUGGAGCUCCUCCACCGACCUGAAUGAAGCUUCUCCCGCUGACGGGAGCCGCUGUUCCCGCGGACAUUUACAUGGUGUUAUAUAUUUUACACUGUACAGGGAAAAACUUUCUGUCUAGAUUAAAGGCCGUGGUGUGAUGUCACACAGAGAUGCUCUUAAAGUGCUUUCAAACACACUUUUCCGUCUGUGCCACAGUUGAAUGUGUGAUUUCUUUUAGCAGAAUCGCUUCUUUACUAUAAAAACGAUAUAUUGUGGAUGUAUUGGAUACUUUUCCUCCUGUGAGCCACUUGCUGUACUUUGGCAGUGUGAUUAGCUAUUAGUUAAAAUGUGCAAUAAAAGCUGUCAGUUCUGAAGCUAUUAA